GCGGGGAAGUAAACGCGCGAUAGGCGCACCCAGCCCCCCCGUCGCGAACCGGUGACCGAAUCUAUUAACUCGGUAGGCCAACCAACGACCGUCCGGUUGAGCCGACUCGCAUAAUAGAGUCGGUUGUCCCAUCACUAUACUCCAGCAGGGCCGCCAGGUAGACGGGGGCUCCUGCGCAGACACGAUGCGCAUAGUUCCCUUUGCGCAGAUGUCUGUGGACGCGGCCGACUGGGAACUGGAGCCCAGCACGAGAGGAGCGGGUCUUUGCCUUCGCUCUGGCUUUGCCACUGGUUUUGCCUCUGCCGCUCAUUGUUAGAGUGUUUUAGGGUAGGAAGUGUCUCUGAACUCGUCAAACCCUCCUUUAUAUGUCCGCGGAGCGGGCGGGACGCCUGACGCGCGCACCAACCAGAGAAGAGGCUCCAUGCGCGAAGACAGAGGAAGCGAGCUCACAGUUUUUGGCGGACAGUUUGAAAUCGUUUUCCGCCAAUGAGCAGCGGAGACUCGCUUGUAGAGUCGCGGCUGAGCUCCAGGAGGAGUCCUCCACCAAUCAGGGGCCGGAGGUCUGAAUCAGCGUCACCGCUCCUCAGCCGGUCCACAAUUUAAGAGCCGAGUGUCUCCUCUGAAAGUUCACUUCUCUUGACCAGAGCGAGACGAGUCUAUCAUGGCACGAACCAAGCAGACCGCCCGUAAGUCCACCGGAGGCAAAGCCCCCAGGAAGCAGCUGGCCACCAAGGCUGCCCGUAAGAGCGCCCCUGCCACCGGCGGCGUGAAGAAGCCUCACCGUUACAGGCCCGGUACCGUGGCUCUGAGAGAGAUCCGUCGCUACCAGAAGUCCACGGAGCUGCUGAUCCGCAAGCUGCCCUUCCAGCGUCUGGUGAGAGAAAUCGCUCAGGACUUUAAGACCGACCUGCGCUUCCAGAGCUCCGCCGUUAUGGCUCUGCAGGAGUCCAGCGAGGCUUACCUGGUGGGCCUGUUCGAGGACACCAACCUGUGCGCCAUCCACGCCAAGAGGGUCACCAUCAUGCCCAAAGACAUCCAGCUGGCCCGUCGCAUCCGCGGGGAACGAGCUUAAACACCCUGAUUCUAAUCUCAACAACGGCUCUUUUAAGAGCCACCUCACUCUCUGUAAAGCACUCGUUCCUUUACGUACCAUACCAUACGUGUACCAUAUACAUAAACUCAUAAUUUUAGAAAAGCUGUCAAUCCAGAACUUUCAGAAUCUGUCUUUAAUUGUGUAGAUGUUUAUAAUGGAUGUCCUCAACGUCAAAGUGCCCCAGCUAAUAAUAAUCUCAACCAUUUUUUUACUGCUGUCAUAAGGACUGUAAGGUGUGUGGGUGAUAUUGAUAUUACUUUGUUGGACUGGUGCAUAUCCAGCAAGUCAGCAGGUAUUCACACCAUUUACUCUAUACUGAAUUACAUCUUCUAAGCCCGGGGUCUUAAACUCAAUUCAGGUGCGGACUAAGGCCAUGAACAGAAGUCCUUUGUUUUGAAGAGUCUAUGAGAUAGAGUUGACCGCCCUCCCUUCUCAGGACACAGCUGCAAACUAACAUUUUGUGUCAUUCUGCUCUUUGCUCGUCAGGGUCAACAACUAAACGGUCCUUUUAAGGGCCCCGCACUCUCUGUAAAGAGCUGAUAUCCUAUUUAAAUCAUUAGUCAUCAAAAUUAAUGCUGAUAUCAGUUCUGGCUGAACAACGCACAGACUUUUGUAGAGAGACUACAACUACGUAUUGAUUGAGAUCUAAUACUUAUGUUUCAACUCUCCUGGCAGGUCUCCCUGCUACCGCCAUUCGACCUCUGUAGCUCAUCCAGAAUGCAGCAGCUUGACAUCAUUGGUGUUGUAUUCAGGGUUUUUGACUUCAACAGCCACCACAAUAAUUCUGCUGUAUUAUAAAGACCAAUACAUCCAAACCAGAUUGUCAAAAAUGGUUCAUUGUCUUCAUUCAUGGGUCAAACACCUCUUGAUUGUAGUGUGAUAUUAUGGAGGUUAUGAAAUGUCUUAAAAUAGGCCCAAAUAGUUAAUGAUCAAAAACAUGUAAAUGAAAUGGUGGAUUCCAAGAUAUUUUGACUUUGUUUUAUGCCCGUUAUGUUGGUGUGAAACCUUUUACAUUGAUGUUAAAUGUUUCCUUGAUACUUGGUGAGGGAUUUUAUUGCUAUUUUUGCCUUACCCGCCUUACAUUAAAACAGCCACUCACUUAAUUUACAAACUAUUUUCUGAUAUGUUUUGAACAGUACGUGAAAGAAAUUAUAAUGGUCAAAAUUCCACCAUCAACCAAGGAGACGCAGAGUAAACGUGCUCACAGCUCACA